CUCUGGUUCCACUGAAAUCUCUAUUUUUUCUGAAAGCUUCAGCAUUACUUUAAAUUUCUAAGUAAAACGCCGCUGUUAUCUCAAAGCCAUUGCCAAAUUGAUGAGGGCUUCCAAAAAAUCUUCUUCGAGCUUUGCAAGAAUUCCUGUUCAAGCAAAAAAAUCAGUAGAUAUCUUCUGCAUAAAAAGUUUCUCAGUCCAAAUGCAUAUUUUCUAAAUAGUGCUGGAUCUGUACUAGCUUUCCCCAAACCCUCUCGAUUUUCGUUUGUUUUGCCAUUUUUGUGUUCGGAAUGGUAUACAACAGAUUUUAGUACUUGAGAGGUUUUGGCACCUUAAAAGUUUGGAGCGGCAUUUCUGCGGAGGCGUGUUUUAUUAUGGGAAUCCUGGUUUAGUUUAACAUAUAUUCUUCUUCAAAGACGAGGCGUUUUUUUGUUUUCGAGGGGUUGCUCCUUAAAAAAUUUCGAGACGGAUUUUGUAGUGCUCUCAUUUUCACUUAUAUUCUUCAUCAACUUAGUUUAACAUAUUUUUCUCUGGGGAAUUGCUUCUGUAAGGAAUUUCGGGACCGACUCGUAGUACUUAAUCUUUUGCCGGUAAUUUCUUUCUUAUUGUUAUUUUUUUUUUUUUGAGAACUGCGUUGACUGCAUUUUGCGUUUGAGUUUGUAAACAGUGCAGUCAACAGAAUUUUUUAUGAAAAUAAGUGAAAAGAUUUGGAUUGUUUUAUACGAAUUUAAAUUUACUGUUUUGAGGUGGCGAAUUAUCACCUCAUAAAUUUCUGUUAUUUAGCUGCUCAGCUUCGUCAGUUUUCCAAUACUGAGGUGCGGGAUUCUGCUAAUUUCUUCUGCAUUUUCAAUUCUAUUUUGCUGCUAAAAGCUUAGGACUCUCGCGUUUCAGAAAAUCCACCUGGUUCAAAUCCAGACGAAGAGGGGAAACAUCUGUAUAAAAAAGCUAGACAUUGAAAUAUAGCAGCAGGCAUUGUGCCGAAGGCUGAAUCAGGGAAAAUCUAUAGUCAUUCAGCUACAGAUUCUAGCCAAGAAAAUUUUCACGGCAGUUUUCCAUCUUAACCAAAUAUGUCCAUCUUGAUGUGGUGCAUUUUCUCCGUUUUAAGCUUAAGUAUACAAGUCUCCUCUGCACAGACUGUAACGGGAGAUUACCGAAAUAGUACUCCUAUGCUUGACUCAGAGAAACAAGCGUUUUAUUCUGUUCUUGAAUCGCUGAGUGGAGACUUAGAUGCACGCGAUUUAUACCCUGAUCCUUGUGGCUUCACACCUGUUCCAGGUACAUUGUGUGAUCAAUUUGGAGAUUUUUGGUACAUCACAGUAUUCAACAUUGGAAAUGUCUAUGAUAAUUCUCCAAAAUGCGGCGACAAUGCGGUACUUAAUCCAUCCAUCUUCAACUUAACUCACUUAAAGACAUUGUCCCUGUACAAAUGCUUUAUGAAUGCACCUCAGAUAAUGCCAUUGGAUAAGUGGAGCAAUCUUGGAGGAUCACUUCAGAGCUUGAUUUUUCGAAACAAUGUUGCGCUGGUUGGGGAAUUACCCGCAGAGCUGGGUAGAUUGGUCAAUCUGGAGUCACUUAUUGUUUCAGAGAACAGCAUGAAGGGAAAUUUGCCGAAGGAAAUAGGAAGCUUAACCAAGUUAAGAAAGCUUGUUCUGAGCCAUAACCAGUUUGAUGGUACAAUACCUUCUUCUCUGGGGUUUCUUCAGGGCCUUGUAAUUCUGGACCUGAGCUUUAAUCAGUUAAAGGGCCCUCUUCCACCAUCUCUAGGGAAUCUGAACUCUCUGGUUAAGUUGGAUUUGAGUGACAAUGGCUUACAAUCAGGGGUACCAGGGAGACUGGGGGAAUUGAAAUACCUUACAUUUUUGGAUUUGAGGAACAAUCAGCUCCAUGGAAACCUUCCAGUGUCUUUAAUAGAUAUGACAAAUUUGCAGGAACUUUACCUUGGAAAUAAUCCAAUGGGAGGCCCGAUUGAUAUUCUUCGUUGGAGCAAUAUGCCGCUUCUGAUCAGCUUAGAUCUUUCAGCAUCGGGUUAUAUUGGUCAAAUCCCAGAAUCAUUAGGGAAAUUGAAAAUGCUAAGAUACCUGGCUCUAAACAACAAUGCUCUCUCUGGUAAAGUUCCUAAAGAGCUCGCAGAUUUACCAGAUCUAUGUUCUCUGUUACUGAAUAACAACAAUUUGUCUGGCACUCUUGAAUUCCCAUCAAAGUUCUAUCAGAGAAUGGGAAGGUAUCUUUCUCUGUGGGGUAAUCCAAGGCUUUGUUAUGCUACGGAAGAUAAGAAAUUUAUUCCCAACGGAGUCAGUCUUUGCUCUGGUAUGGUGGUUGCCCCUGGUAAAGCUCAUGAGACAUCUUUGAGUUCUGUUGCAGGAUCUGCUGUACAAAGCUGCAGAUUCAGAGUGUGGCUGCUUCUUUCAUUUUUGGCUUCCCUGGCUGUGCUACACUAAACACAAACCCUUGAAGACAAUUUUCAGGUAAACUAACUCAGUUGAUCUUUUUGUGGGUACUGAUUUUGACACCAGAGGAGAACUAGCUUAAACUACUAUGUCUGCACAUUUUAUUCCAGUCCUUUUUGGUCAGGCCUAUUGCACUCUCACAUUCAAAUAUUUGGAGGCAUCAAAUCCAAAGAAUGCCCCGCCCCCUGAAAUGUCUGCUAUGCAGCUGAAAAAAUUCUAGCAUUUUUGCAAACAAGGUGCAAAUACCACUUUGUAAAUCCCGCUUAUUUCAUUAACCAUAUACUUGUUGGAAUUGUAAUUUGUUAAAUUAAAUUUCAGUCUAGUUAGUUCUUCAGCUGCUUGCAGACAUUCGUAUAGCUUAUUGUAUUUCAAACUCCAUCAAUAGCAAAAGUCGGUUACAGUGUCA